CUCUACCUCUGUUAGGACACUUUUCACUCUUUUUAGCCUAAGAGUAUGUAAACAUCACUAUGUAGUCGAUGAUGAGUCUCAAAUCAAGUAUAAACAGCAAUAGGGGACUCAAAGCUAACCUAGACAGCUAAUUCUUGCCGGUUCAUCACCCACAUGGGCUGUUUGAAAUGAAUAUAACCUGUAAAUGGAAUCUGAAAAUGGUAUUUUGUUUAUGUAAAAUAAUUGGUGUCUGAACUGUAAACAGUAGUGGGAGAUGGCUGCAAAUGGAGCAGAAUGUGAACAGCCACAGAAGAGACUAGGGCCUAAAGACAAGCAGAAUGGCAGUUCUACAGAUUCAUCUCUGAGAGAGAGAAAGCAGCAGGACAGGGAAGAGUGUCUUUCUUUAGUGCUGUGGAAGAGGCCUUUUACCACACUACAGUAUUUCUGCAUAGAAACCAUUAUUACCCUGAAAGAAUGGACGUGGAAGCUUUGGCAGAGAAGAGGUGUGGUAUGUUUGACCGUAGUCCUAGUUUCACUUUUCUCAAUGGCUUACUCAAUAGAAGGAGAACAUCAACAGUAUGUACAGUACCUGGAGAAGAAGUUCCUGUGGUGCGCCUACUGGGUAGGCCUGGGUAUUUUGUCUUCGGUCGGUCUUGGCACUGGACUGCACACUUUCCUUCUGUACCUGGGUCCACACAUAGCUUCUGUCACCCUGGCUGCAUAUGAAUGUGGCUCUGUGAAUUUCCCCGAGCCGCCCUACCCAGCCCAGAUAGUGUGUCCAGAGGAGGAGGUCCUGCAGGAGAGCAUCUCACUAUGGACCAUCAUGUCGAAGGUUCGCCUGGAGGCUUGCAUGUGGGGUGCAGGCACAGCUAUUGGAGAGCUGCCUCCUUACUUCAUGGCACGGGCGGCACGGCUGUCUGGAGCAGAUCCUGAUGAUGAAGAUUAUGAGGAAUUUGAGGAAAUGCUGGAGCAGGCACAGAGUGCACAGGAUUUUGCAACAAGAGCCAAGCUUGCAGUGCAAAACAUGGUGCAGAAAGUGGGAUUUUUUGGAAUUCUAGCUUGUGCCUCUAUCCCAAAUCCCUUGUUUGACCUGGCUGGAAUCACCUGCGGUCAUUUCCUGAUUCCAUUUUGGACCUUCUUUGGAGCGACUCUCAUUGGAAAGGCCAUUAUUAAGAUGCACAUUCAGAAACUGUUUGUUAUCAUAACAUUCAGCAAGCACAUAGUGGAGCAGAUGGUCUCUCUGAUCGGGUGAGUAAUGACACCAGCGUGAGAUGAAUAUGGAAACCCAGUGUAAACGAUGGUAAACAUUA